AUGAAUAAGAAGGAGAUGUUGGGAGCUGGAUUUCAGUUGACGAGAGGGCGACACGGCGAAGACCCUUUUUACAGUUCCGCCAAAGCUCGCAGGGCCAAUCAGCGCAUCGAUCAGCUGCGGAGAGCUCAGAGCGACGUCUCUAAUGGCCGAUCAGCUGAUUCCAAGGAAAGCGUCGUGGGUUCCAUCAGCAGAGAAUGCGAGAACGAGUCUGCUUCGCAAAAACUCGUUCCUGAGCUUGUUUCUGAGACGUCCCCAUCGUCGUCGAGUAAUCUGGAACGCUUCUUAGAGUCGGUCACACCUUCUGUGCCGGCCCAGUAUUUAUCUAAGACGUCGCUACGGGAAAGAAAGGCGGAUGAAGAUAAACGUGUGCCUUACUUUGUGCUUGGAGAUAUUUGGGAGUCAUUUGCAGAGUGGAGCGCCUACGGCACAGGCGUGCCUCUAGUUUUGACUAACAAGGAUCGUGUCUCUGACCUGGCUGCUCGGUUUCCGGAGCUGAAGACGCUAAGAAGCUGUGACUUGCUUCCUUCAAGCUGGUUUUCUGUGGCAUGGUACCCGAUUUACAAAAUACCUACAGGACCCACACUUAAGGACCUGGAUGCUUGUUUCUUAACGUAUCACUCCCUUCACACACCGUUUGGAGGUCCAGGCAGUGCACAACCAAUGAGCCUUGUGGAGCCAAAGGAGAGUGAGGAGAUGUCAUUGCCUGUAUUUGGGCUCGCUUCAUACAAGUUCAGAGGUUCUGUAUGGACAGAAACCGGGGGAUCUGAGAACCAGCUAGUGAACUCCCUCUUCCAAGCUGCUGACAAGUGGCUGCGUUCAUGUCACGAAGCAGAAAUGGCCGAGUCGAAGGUUGUAGUUCCCGAGUCUGUCCUGAAGAAGAGGAAGAGAGAGGAAGAGUGGGCUUUGGAGAAGAAGCAGAAUGCUGAAGCUGCCAAGAAGAAGAACGCCGAGAACAGGAAGCUUAUCUUCAAAAGAGCCGAGCAGUACAGCAAGGAGUACGCCGACAAGGAGAAGGAGUUGAUCUCUUUGAAGCGUGAGGCCAAGCUGAAGGGAGGUUUUUACGUUGACCCUGAAGCUAAGCUUUUGUUCAUCAUCCGUAUCCGUGGUAUCAAUGCUAUUGACCCGAAGACAAAGAAGAUUCUCCAGCUCCUUCGUUUGAGACAGAUCUUUAACGGCGUUUUCCUUAAAGUCAACAAGGCUACAAUGAACAUGCUUCGUCGCGUUGAGCCCUAUGUGACCUAUGGAUUCCCUAACUUGAAGAGUGUUAAGGAAUUGAUCUACAAGAGGGGUUACGGAAAGCUUAACCACCAGCGGAUUGCUUUGACUGACAACUCUAUCGUUGAGCAGGCUCUAGGCAAACAUGGGAUCAUCUGCACUGAGGAUUUGAUCCACGAGAUUCUUACAGUUGGACCUCAUUUCAAAGAGGCCAACAACUUCCUGUGGCCAUUCCAGCUCAAGGCACCACUCGGUGGCCUGAAGAAGAAGAGAAAUCACUACGUGGAAGGUGGUGAUGCGGGAAACCGUGAGAACUUCAUCAACGAGCUUAUCAGGAGGAUGAAUUAGAUGUUUUCUUUUCCAAUCUCUGUCUUAUCUGUUUUGUCUUCACUAAGUGCUUCCUCCAGGAUUUUGAUUCUCUUCUUUAUUAAGUUUAAAGACAUUUUGAGCUUUCUACUUUGUUGUCUUUGGAUCUCAAUGUUGGAUAUGCACAUCGCAGUUACUUCUUCUCUUUCGUUAAUCUAUGUUUUAAGAAAAUAGGUUAUUUUUAAUUUUGUUAUUUGUAGUAUUUCCCAAUCGAGAUCUUCAUUAUGUUUUAGUGUAUGGUGUGUGAUAUAUCACACAAGGCUAAAUAGGAAACAAAGUUUCAAACAUUACAAGAAUCGAAACGGAAGAAUGUGUCCUAUUCUUCUUGUUUUUGUUGAAAUGACGAAAAGGAGAUGGAUCUAGAUUCUUGACUCGGAAGGAAUCUAACUAUGAAACCAAUUUGGGAUGUCCCUUGCAACUCUUUCGUGACGCUCCUUUAACUAUGAAGACCUAUCUCCGUAACGAGAAGAAUCUGUCAGGUACUUCAUUGUAUUUCACCAAAUUUUAAGUCAAGCU